UGUACAUCAGCAGUUAAGUUGAGGCCUUGGUGGUCUCUCCGGCUCCUGCGCAGAGCGUCUCCUUCCUUCGUUCUUGCUAUUGCCUACUGCCUACUGUCUACUGCUGUGCUGUGAUCGUGAUCACCUUUUUUUUUUUUAGGUCUUGGAUGGUGUUGUGUUUCUCCUUCGACGAUGUAUAUAAAGAAGGUUAUCAUCGAAGGGUUCAAAAGCUACAAAGAGGAAGUUUCCACUGAUCCUUUCAGCCCUAAAGUUAACUGUGUUGUUGGUGCCAAUGGUUCUGGAAAGACAAAUUUUUUCCAUGCCAUACGAUUUGUACUUAGUGAUCUCUUCCAGAACUUGCGCAGUGAAGAUAGGCAUGCCCUUCUCCAUGAAGGUGCUGGUCAUCAAGUUGUUUCAGCUUUUGUAGAAAUUGUCUUUGACAACUCUGACAACCGAAUCCCUGUUGAUAAGGAGGAGGUAAGGUUGCGGCGAACAAUUGGUUUGAAAAAGGACGAAUAUUUCCUAGACGCCAAGCAUGUUACUAAAACAGAAGUGAUGAAUCUGCUCGAGAGUGCUGGUUUCUCUCGUUCCAAUCCAUAUUAUGUUGUUCAGCAGGGCAAGAUAGCUUCUCUUACCUUAAUGAAAGAUUCUGAGCGUCUAGAUCUGCUGAAGGAGAUUGGUGGCACCCGUGUGUAUGAGGAGAGGAGGCGUGAGAGCUUGAAAAUAAUGCAAGAGACUGGUAAUAAGAGGAAGCAGAUUGAUCAGGUUGUUCAUUAUUUAGAGGAGAGGUUACGAGAACUUGAUGAAGAAAAAGAAGAAUUGAGGAAAUAUCAGCAGCUUGACAAGCAACGGAGGUCAUUAGAGUACACUAUUUUCGACAAAGAACUCCAAGUUGCUAGACAGAACUUAAAUGAGGUUGAAGAGUUUCGGAAGAAGAUUUCUGAGAACUCAACUAGCAUGCAUAACAAAGCCCUCGAUGUCCAUGAAAAAUUCAAGUUGGUAGAAAAGGAACUCAAAGUUCUAACUAAAGACAUUCAAGCCCUGAACAAAGAGAAAGAGGUGAUAGAAAAGAAGCGAACUGAAGCACUUAAGACGCAUGCUCAGGUUGAGCUUGAUGUGAAAGACCUAGAACUGAGAAUUUCUGCAGAUGCCAGAACUGAGGAAGAAGCUAAAAGUCAGUUGAAGAAUCUGCUGGAUGAAAUCACACAAUCUAAUAGUGAACUGAGCAGAAUUAGAUUAUUACAUGAAUCAAAAGUGGCGGAAGAGGAGAAAAUUACCAAAGGAAUCAUGGAGCGUGAGAAGAAACUGAGCGUUCUAUACCAGAAGCAAGGUCGCGCAACCCAGUUCGAAAGUAAAGCUGACAGGGAUUCGUGGCUUCAAACUGAAAUCGAUGAUCUUGAACGUGUUUGUUCAUCAAAUGAAGCACAGAAAAGGAAGCUUGAGGAAGAAUCUCAGCAGCUCAAAGAUGAGGAGAGUAGAUUGAAGACACUGAUAAAUAAUCGAGAAACUGAAAAGGAGAAGCUUAUGAUGGAGAUUUCUGUAGUUCAAGAACGUUUCGAUAAUCUAAGGAAAGAAAGGGAUAAGCUACAAGAUACUCGAAAGUCUCUGUGGAAAAAUGAGGGGGAGCUUUCUGCUGAAAUUGACAGGCUAAAAUCAGAUCGAGUAAAAGCACUCAAGAGCUUGGAUCAUGCUACACCCGGUGAUAUUCGGAGAGGAUUGAGUUCUGUUGAUAGGAUUGUAAAGGACCACAAAAUUAAAGGUGUACAUGGCUCAAUAUUGCAGCUAAUUGAUUGUGAGGAAAAGUUCUUCACUGCUGUUGAAGUUACAGCUGGAAAUAGCCUAUUUCACGUGGUUGUUGACAAUGACGAUAUAUCAACAAGAAUAAUCAGAUACCUGACUGCUGAAAAAGGUGGGCGUGUAACUUUCAUACCACUGAGCAAAGUGAAAGUUCCUCAUGUAACUUAUCCGCAAAACCCUGAUGUGGUACCCCUGUUGAAAAGGUUGAAAUUUAAAACAGAAGAUGCUCUUGCUUUUCAACAGGUUUUUGGUAGAACCGUUAUUUGCAGAGAUUUGGAUGUAGCCACAACUGUUGCUAGAGGUGGUGGCCUUGAUUGUAUCACGCUGGAAGGUGAUCAAGUAAACAAAAAAGGUGGCAUGACAGGUGGAUAUUAUGAUUUUAGACGUUCCAAACUUAAAUAUAUGAAAGUAAUUAAGCAAAAUGGAGUUUAUAUCGAGACAAAGUCGGAGGAGUUAAAUGAUAUAGGAAACAAGCUCAAAGAGAUUGACCAGAAGAUCACCAGUUUGGUUAGUGAACAACAGAAAAUGGAUGCUUACCGGCUUCACCUAAAGUCAGAGUUGGAACAGCUUAAAAAUGACAUUGCUAAUGCCGAGAAGCAGAAGCAGACUAUUAUUAAAGCUCUUGAGAAAAAGGAAAAAUUGCUUGCAAAUGCCAAAAGCCAAAUUGCACAGAUCCAACUUGGGAUUAGUGCGAAAAAACUUGAAAUGGGCACCGAACUUGUUGACCAGCUAACAUCUGAGGAAAGAGAUUUACUUUCAAGACUGAACCCUGAAAUCACAGAUCUGAAAGAGAAGCUUCUGGCCUGCAAAGCCAGUCGGAUAGAUAUAGAAGGUAGGAAAGAGGAGCUUGAGACCAAUCUGUCUGAAAAUCUUGCUAGACGAAAAGAGGAGUUGGAAAACCUAAUUUCAUCCAUAGAUUUUGGUACCUCAAAUAAGGAAGCUGAUCAUAAAAGGCAAGAGUUAAAGAGCUCAAAGGCAAAUGUUGAUGACUGGACACGGCAACUCAAAGAAGUCGUGGAUAAUAUAGAAACAUUAACGAAUAAAAUUGGGGACAUGAAGAUUACUAAAGAGAAGCUAAAGGCACAAGAAGAAAAUUGUGCACGGACACUUCAAGAUGAAGCAAAAGAAUUGGAGCAGUCACUGAACAAGAGAAAUUUGUUUCUCUCUAAGCAAGAGGAAUGUAUGAAAAAGAUUAGAGAUUUGGGUUCUCUGCCAUCUGAUGCUUUUGAAACGUAUAAGAAGAAAAACAUCAAGGAGUUACAGAAGAUGCUCCACAAGUGUAAUGAGCAGUUGAAGCAAUUUAGCCACGUCAACAAAAAGGCCCUUGACCAAUACAUGAAUUUCAUAGAGCAACGUGAACAGCUACAGAAAAGGCGGGCAGAACUGGAUGCGGGUGAUCAGAAAAUUAAAGAAUUAAUUUCUGUUUUGGAUCAAAGGAAGGAUGAAUCAAUUGAACGGACAUUCAAAGGUGUCGCAAGGCAUUUUCGGGAAGUAUUUUCUGAGCUUGUGCAAGGUGGUCAUGGCUACCUGGUUAUGAUGAAAAAGAAGGAUGGUGAACCUGGUGAUGGUGAUCACGAUGAGGAUCCACCUCAUGAUCCUGAGGGUCGAGUUGAAAAGUAUGUUGGUGUGAAAGUCAAGGUUUCGUUCACUGGGCAAGGAGAAACUCAGUCAAUGAAACAACUAUCUGGUGGUCAGAAAACAGUUGUGGCACUAACAUUGAUUUUUGCCAUCCAGCGCUGUGAUCCUGCUCCAUUCUAUUUGUUUGAUGAAAUUGAUGCAGCUUUGGAUCCCCAGUAUAGGACUGCUGUUGGAAAUAUGAUUCGCCGGCUGGCAGACAUGGCUAACACUCAGUUUAUAACGACGACAUUUAGGGCCGAACUUGUGAAAGUUGCAGACAAGAUAUAUGGUGUUACCCACAAGAACAGAGUGAGCCAUGUCAAUGUCGUCUCAAAGGAUGAGGCGCUCAAUUUCAUCGAGCAUGAUCAGACACACAACGAGUGAUCAAACAUAGAGUGCAAGUUCCUUUGAGUUUGUGGCUUGUAUGCUGUUUGCUAUCAAAAUAUUUUAUGUACAUAUUUUAUGUUAGCAAAACUGGUUCAUCUGGUGACACAACCCUUCGUGUCUCUUAAACUGAAGGAUAUCAUAAUGUUUGGCUAGAUUGUUUCUGAA